AUGUCUAUUGGUCAAGGAUUCGGCGGUGGAUUUGGCGGUGGGAUCGGUCAGGGAGCCGGGAUUCAAUACUUUGGCAUUGGAGGAGGCAACGAGAUCAAUCCAACGGUCGAAAGAGGCGUCUACAAUGUGGUAGGUCAAAAGAAAUGUCAAAAAACACUCUUGCCAUUAAAAAAUAUAUUCUUUUUUGUCAAAAAAUGCCUAAAUAAUCAAUUCUGCAUAACGCGGAUAAAAUUUUGAUGGAUUAAUAACUAAAUCGCAAACUUUUUUUUGCAAAAUUUUAUAACAAAAUAAAAAUUUUUUUUACUUAAAAUUUCAGUCAGUUCUGCAUAACGCGGUCUUAAAACUUUAUCUUGCAAAAUGGUAAUUGUUAUUUCUGCAAAGCUCUAUCUAAACGGCAAGCUUUGUAAUAAAGUUUUAGAAAGAGAGCGCAAAUUUCGAAUAUUUCUGCAAAACGCGGUCUAAAAUUUCUUCGAAUUUCUUUGAAAAUGCUGAAUUUUAUUCUGGCAAUGUAAACUUGCUCUGUAAAAAUUCAAAAUUAAAUGUUUUCUCCCAUAAUUAUAUACCCCCUCAAAUUUUGCAGCGUACCCCCACCUCCUUGCCCGUCCGAUUCAGCCAGUCCAAGGUCCUGCGUUUGGUCGUGGUCCCGGUGAAUGAUUGGUGUACCAUCAACCUCCGCGGCGGCGGUGACAUUGCCCUUCAUUUCAAUCUCCGUUUCGCCGAACGAUCCACGGUUCGAAACGCGAAGAUUAACGGUAACUGGGGAGGGGAGGAGCGCGACGGCGGCUUCCCCUUCGAGCGGGAUCAGAUCUACACUUUGGAGUUCAUUCCUCAGAGCCACAACGAUUCGGUUGCCGUCUUCCUGAACGGCCAACAUUUCACCGACUUCAGACUGCGGACCCGGCUUUAUGAGAUCGACACCGUGGAGAUCGAGGACGGCUUCAAGGUCCACUCGGUCCAGGCCUUCUCCUAA